AUGAGGAAACAUGGAUGGCAGCUUCCCUACCAUCCACUCCAGGUGGUUGCUGUUGCUGUAUUUCUAGCAUUGGGAUUUGCUUUCUAUGUUUUCUUUGCGCCUUUUGUGGAAAGCAAUUGUUAUUCUGAGAUAUCUUCAAUUCGGGUUCCUGAAAACUUCUACGGAGUAAAUAAGGUUAUGCCUACAAUCCACUGGGAAGUGGGAAACAUUGUUGUGAAAAGGAUGGAUACGAAUCUUCAGUUUUAUGGUGAUCCAUACCUUACUACAGCUGAUAUCCUUCUUGGGACUGUGGAUAGACCGAAGGCUGCUGAACCAUUGUAUGCUGCCCUUCGAGAUCUUUACUGCAAACUACAGUGCUAG